AAAAAUGGAGCCAAUGUUAAUUCAGUGUGUACUACAACAUGGAGAAAAGGCUAUGCUCCACUGCACUUUGCUGUUGAAAAAGGAAGUAAAAAAGUUGUCAACUUGUUUCUAAGUAAAGCUGCAAAUGUUGAUGUUAAAGGAGAGGAUGAGAUGACUCCUCUUCACAUUGCUGCUAAGCUUGGAUACAUAGAUAUUGUCGAGGAUCUUUUAAAUCAUGGCGCGUCUAUUAAUUUUUUAACAUUAACGGAAAGAUACACGCCAAUCCAUUUUGCUGUUGAAAACGGUACCUCAGUAGUUAUCACGAUGCUUUUAAGUAGAGGUGCUAAUUUUGAUGUUCAAGGAGAAGAUGGUAUGACUCCUCUUCAUAUUGCUGCUAAACAAGGGUUUAUAGACAUUGCUGAAGAUCUUUUAAAUCAUGGUGCCUCUACUCAUUUUUUAACAUUAAAGGAAAGGUAUACGCCACUGCACUUUGCUGUUGAAAAAUGUAGUAUAGCAAUUACUUUAUCGCUUUUAAGAGCAGGUGCAAAUGGUGAUAUUAAAGGGGAAAAUGAUAUGACUCCUCUUCAUGUUUCUGCUAAAACAGAGUGUAAAGAGAUUAUUGAAAUUCUUCUAAGGCAUGCUACUUCUACUCGUGCUUUAACAUUGAAGGAAAGAUAUACGCCAUUACAUUUUGCUGCAAAAUUAGGUAAUGAAGAAGUUGUACAUGUAUUCUUGAAUAGAGGUGCCAAUAUUAAUUCUAGCACAAAAGAAAAUUCAACGCCACUUCUUAUUGCUACUAAAAAAGGACACGAAAGUGUUACAAGACUGCUGUUACAACAUGGAGCCAAAGUUGAUCACCAGGAUACCGAUGGAAAAACCAUAUUGCACUACGCUGUUGAAAAACGGCAUUUAAUCAUUGUGAAGGAUGUUUUAAAGUAUUGUCCUGGCAUAAAUAAUAAAAGUAACAGAAGCUCUCUCAAAACCGCAGUGUUCGAAUGUGGAGAAGAGUAUAAACAAAUUGUUGAAACUCUUCUAGAAUACGGUUUCAUUGUUAACCCCACAGAUACAAAUAAUCCUGUGUUAUUACACACUGCUGUUAAAAAAGGAUAUUACAAAAUUGUUGAAGAACUGCUGAAAUAUGGUGCUGAUGUUAAUACGUUAAAUGAUUCAACUUAUGAAGAAGGUUUUACACCCUUACAUACUGCAACCAAAUACAAACAGGAGGAAGUAGCUAGAUUAUUGGUAAGCUAUGGCGCUGACAUAAAUACCCAAGAUAAAACCGGAAAAACUCCAAUAUUUUAUAGUAUUGAGAAUAGUGAUUUGAAAAUUACCAAACUACUUUUAAGUAAUAAAGCUAUUGUAAGAGAUAAUCCUGAGCUUUUGAAUACUGCUGCCCAGAAGAGUUGCAUAGAAAUCGUUAAAGCUCUUUUGCAUUAUGAUGGUGAUAUUAAUGCUAGUGAUAAAUAUGGAAGAACAGCAUUACAUUUUACAGCUUUAAGUGGUCGUGAAAACGUAACUUUUUUUGAUGAUUUUUUAUAUACAGAAAAAGAACCUUUUGUUAAUGUUAUGGGAAAAAUUGCUAAACUACUCUUAAGCAAAGGUGCUAAUGUAGAAGCUCAAACUAAAGACGGAGUUAAUGUAAAUGCUAAGCAAAAUAAUAAAUUCCCUGCACUGCAUUAUGCAAUUCAAAAUGGUUAUAUAAAGGUUGUAAAAUUAUUACUAGAACGCGGUGCCAAAGUUGAAUACAAAGUAAAAGGCGCUACACCACUACACUUGGGUGCCGAAAAAGGUUACAUUGAAAUCGUAAAAACUCUCUAG